AUGCCUUUAACAGCUAGACAACGAAGCAUACACAAUAAAAAUGGAGCUAAAAGAUCAGCUAGCCUGAAUAAAGGCAAACGAUCCAGGAAACCUAGUGAAGGAGAGUUCUUAGUGACAAAUGCUCCAACUGAUUUACGUAGUAUAUCCUAUCCUGGUGGCAUGGUAGCCUUGGCAUUGUUGUUAACUGCUCGGUUAAUAUCUGCAUAUUGGGGACAUAUAGCAGAUUGUGAUGAAACCUAUAACUAUUGGGAGCCAUUACAUUAUGUAGUUUAUGGCAGCGGUUUACAGACAUGGGAGUAUAGUCCAGCUUAUGCAAUUAGAUCCUACAUGACAAUAUGGUUGUUUGCGAUUCCAGCAAAAGUUUUAUCAUUUUUUAUGACUCCUGUCUCUGUUUUUUAUGCGAUACGAGUUUUAUUAGGGACAAUGACUGCAUGUGCCGAAUUCAUGUUUUAUAAAGCAGUAUGCCAUGAGUUUGGUGUACAUGUAGGAAGAAUUUGGCUUUGUCUCACUCUAGCUGCAGCAGGUUGUUUUGCAUCAUCAGCAGCUAUGCUGCCAUCUGCUUGGAGUUCGGCUCUUGUGUCUGCAGCCUUAGCAAGCUCUUGGAGGCGAAGAUACCCAGCUGCAGUAAUAUUAACUGCCAUUACAACAUUACUAAGUUGGCCAUUUACAGCACUUAUUGGAGUACCAAUUGCAAUAGAUAUGCUUGUCUUCAAGAAGAAAUUCUAUGAAUUUUUUAAAUGGUCCAUUAUAUCUCUAAUGGUAAUUCUAUUACCCACUGUUUUAGUGGAUUCUUGGCAUUAUGGACGACUGGUUAUCGCGCCGUGGAAUAUAGUAGCUUAUAACAUAUUUACAGACCAUGGCCCUGAUUUGUAUGGUGUUGAGCCUUGGACCUUCUACUUUGUGAAUGGUUUUCUAAAUUUCAAUCUUGUUUGGGUAUUGGGACUUUCUUGCCCUUUGCUACUCAUAGCUUGCCGACUUAUCGCUACACGUUCGAUUGCUCCGCCAGCUUUUUGUAUACCAUAUUGGCUUAGUUUGAUGCCGCUUGCAUUGUGGCUCGCUGUCUUCAUGCUGCAACCACAUAAGGAAGAGAGGUUUUUAUAUCCAAUAUACAGUAUGAUUGUAUUAGCUGGGGCUAUAUCCUUGGAUUGCAUUCAAAAAAUGACAUUUGCAGUAGGGACAGAGCUAUUCAAGUGGCGUAAGGAGCGAGAGAGACGACACUAUCUUGCUUACACCAACAGUCUCGCUGUGAUGUUUGUUUUCUUGUUUAGUGUUGCUAGUUUAUCGCGUAUAGUGGCCCUUUACAACCAUUAUCAUGGUCCGAUGGUUCUUUUGCGCCACGUGCCGAAUGAACCAAGUGUGGUGUGCUUUGGCAAGGAUUGGUACCGUUCACCCUCCAGCUUCCAUUUACCAUCAGGAAGCAGUAUACGUUUUGUCCCCAGUGAAUUUGAUGGACAAUUACCAGCUCCUUAUAGCAGUCUACCUAAUGCUACUAGGAUCAUCCACCCUUACUUCAACGACCUAAAUAAGGGAGACAACACAACAUAUCUGGCCCCUUCAGAUUGUCAGUACCUGAUUGAUUCAGACAUAGGCAGUCCAACAAGAUUACAGCCCUCCUAUCACAAGGAUACAAAAACGUGGCAGAUUUUAGCCUCCGUACCUAUACUGGACGCGUCCAAAUCUAACAGGUUCUGGGAGGUGAUAUCAGAUGAACACGGUGUAGAUCCAAACGGCUGUUACUCGGGAGACUCGGAUCUUCAACUCGAACGUAUCAAUGUAUACUACAACGAAGCCACUUGCAGUAAAUACGUACCUAGAGCCGUUUUGGUUGACUUAGAACCUGGGACUAUGGACUCAUUACGUUCAGGUCCCUACGGCCAAAUUUUCAGACCGGACAACAUAGUCUUUGGCAGCACUGGUGCCGGAAAUAACUGGGCUAAAGGAUAUUACACAGAAGGGGCGGAUUUACUAGAUUCGAUUCUCGAUGUUAUAAGAAAAGAAGCAGAGGGUUGUGAUUGUCUACAGGGUUUCCAAAUGGUGCAUUCUAUUGGAGGAGGUACGGGAUCUGGUUUAGGUACAUUAAUGCUGACCCAGUUGAGAGAGGAAUAUCCAGAUCGAAUUCUGCAAACGUUCUCCGUUGUUCCCAGUCCUAAAGUAUCGGAUACCGUUGUAGAGCCUUACAACGCGACUCUAUCACUUAACCAGUUGAUAGAAAAUUCUGAUCAAACCUUUUGCAUAGAUAACGAAGCCUUAUACGACAUUUGCUUCAGAACGCUUCGGCUGCAAACGCCAACGUACGGUGAUUUGAACCAUUUAGUAUCAGCUACCAUGUCUGGCGUAACGACUUGUUUGCGAUUCCCUGGCCAGCUCAACGCUGAUUUACGGAAGCUGGCUGUUAAUAUGAUUCCGUUCCCGCGAUUGCAUUUUUUUAUGCCCGGUUUUGCGCCUCUUACAUCACGUGGAGUGCAAAAGUACAGAGCAUUAACCGUCCCAGAACUCACACAACAAAUGUUCGACGCUAAAAACAUGAUGGCCGCGUGUGAUCCACGCCACGGUCGUUAUUUAACUGUCGCUGCGGUCUUUAGAGGUAGAAUGUCUAUGAAAGAAGUGGACGAGCAGAUGUUAAACAUACAAAACAAAAACAAAGAUUACUUCGUUGAAUGGAUACCGAAUAACGUGAAGACGGCAGUCUGUGAUAUUCCUCCUCGCGGUCUUAAGAUGUCUGCCACUUUUAUCGGCAACACUACUGCUAUUCAAGAACUCUUUAAGAGGAUUGCUGAACAGUUCACAUCUAUGUUUCGGAGGAAAGCGUUCAUUCACUGGUAUACCGGUGAGGGUAUGGAUGACAAUGAUUUCACUGAAGCGGAUAAUAAUCUCAGCGAUCUAAUAUCAGAAUAUCAACAGUAUCAAGAUGCCACAAUCGAAGAUCAAGAGUUUGAGGAAGAAGAAACAGUUCCUAAUGAUGUAAGCGAUGAAUGA